CCUCUGGAUGAAGAUUACCGAAUUUUGAGCAUUGAUUACCAAAUCGAAGCCUCAAAAUCUGACUUGUAAUCUCCAACGCUUGCUAGAUUUCACCAGAAAAUAGAUCUUAUAGCUUUGAUAGGCCACACAAGUUCCAACUCUGCCACAACAUCAGGUCUGUUUUUGAUAACUUCUUCCUAUACAUGAACAAAAAGCUCAAAGGAGAUUUGUAGCUUGCCGUUCACAUUUGGUGCAUAGUUUAUAUUGGAGAAGAAGCCUGGUGAAAGCAAUAAAGUAAUGCAUUUUUAUCUAUAAAAGAGCUUCAGAAAGAAACUACCAAUGUUUGGGGUCAUUUCUGUCUCUACAUUUGUUUCGCCUCAUUUAUCUACAGCUUCAAGAUUGAUCGUUAAGAUGUCUGCAACAGGAACCAGAAACCCUGGAAUAUCAAUCCAAUCUGUGGCUGUAAAGCCUCCUUCUCACCCUACAUAUGAUUUGAAGGGUGUCAUCAAGCUUGCCCUCGCGGAAGAUGCUGGGGAUCGAGGGGAUGUGACCUGUAUGGCCACGAUUCCAGCUGACAUGGAAGUAGAAGCCCAUUUCUUGGCAAAAGAGAAUGGGGUCAUUGCUGGAAUUGCACUGGCAGAGAUGAUAUUCGGCGAGGUUGAUCCUACCCUGAAGGUGGAGUGGUCAAGAAAAGAUGGAGAUUGUGUUCAGAAAGGACUGCAGUUUGGCAAAGUGCAUGGGCGGGCACACAACAUUGUUGUAGCUGAAAGGGUUGUGCUUAAUUUUAUGCAGAGGAUGAGUGGAAUAGCAACUCUAACAAAGGCAAUGGCUGAUGCUGCACGCCCUGCAUACAUUUUAGAGACAAGGAAAACAGCUCCCGGCUUACGUCUAGUGGACAAGUGGGCGGUACUAAUAGGUGGAGGGCGGAAUCACAGAAUGGGUUUAUUUGAUAUGGUGAUGAUAAAAGAUAAUCAUAUAUCAGUAGCUGGGGGUGUCAAAGAUGCUCUCAGAUCUGUGGACCUAUAUUUAGAGCAAAAUAAUCUUCAUAUGGGGGUUGAGAAAAAGUUUAGGAAUGCAGAAACCGAUCACAGGGAGCGCAUAAACUCUUUCACAUUUGUGGGUCCCACCCACACCCAUGUUGAAACCAGGACACUUGAGGAAGUAAAUGAGGCAUUACAUUAUGCAUCUCAAACAAAAACUUCCUUGACUAGGAUAAUGCUGGAUAAUAUGGUUGUCCCGCUACCUAAUGGGGAUGUUGACGUGUCAAUGCUUAAAGAAGCUGUAGAUCUGAUCAAUGGCAGAUUUGACACUGAGGCAUCUGGAAAUGUUACCCUUGAAACAGUGCACAAAAUUGGACAAACUGGGGUGACCUACAUUUCUAGCGGUGCACUGACACAUUCUGUGAAAGCACUUGACAUUUCCCUGAAAAUUGAUACGGAGCUUGCACUUGAGGUUGGAAGGCGUACGAAACGAGCGUGAUCUCCCUUUAUUUUGUGCUCUCUUCUUUUGUCUGCACAAGUAAUUCGGACUGCAGGAACAAUAAAAGGGCACAGAAACGAAAGAGUAAGCAUCUGAAAGUAAUUACAGAUCCGGAGAUUCUGAACCCCAAAUAGGUCAACCUUUUGAAUUGUUAUUAAAGAUAUGUGAAGUUAAGAGACAACUUGGUGAAUUGAAUGAUCUUAGUAGCUAGAGGUAUAGACAAGCAUUUCCUAAGAAAAUUGUCUUCAAUAAUGCAUUUUAAAGAUGAAAACAAUAAAUAAAUAAAUAAAUUAUUUUAAAAUUAUGAACUUAA